AUGAAGGAAUCCCUUCAGAGUGCCAAGACCGAUAUUUUUUUAUUCGGGGAUAUACUCCCUGAUACUUUAAAAGCCGCUAAGGCGAUAAACAAAUCAGAAUUGAAGAUUAUUACUGAACCAACCGGUCCCCAGCAAGAUGUUUACGAAGCCCACGUCAUAGUCAAAAAACUGGAAGACGAAUCCUCCUCCUCGCGAGACAGCUCCAGCAGCGACGAAGAGUCAGCGUGCCAGCUCAUCGAAGACGUCGUAAAGUCGGCUUCACAGCCGUCGCUGACGACUGAGGUAAAAUUUGCUGGUAGACUAGCUUAUUUUGUUGAUGAAUGGUCGCUCAUCACAAAUAUCCGAUAUAAAAUCCCUUUGAAAAAGUUGUUUAGCUUUGUCCUCCACCCCCUAGAACGUGUUCUAGUUUGGAAAUAUGUAGUACACUUUGAGAAUGCAAUCAGAAACUUAAUUUCCAUCGAUGCAAGCUCAAUAUGUCAACCGAGUAAUGUACGGCGCCCUGUGUUCACAAAAAUAAUGAAACCAGUGGCCAAAGUUUUGCGGUCAGAAGAGCUGAUAUCCCCAGUGUACUUGGAUGACUGGCUUCUCAUCGCACGAUCUUACUAUUGUUGCAUAGAAAAUGUUGAACAAACUCAAAAAUUGCUCACCGGUCUUGGUUUUAAUAUAAAUAAUGAAAAAAGUUGUGUCACGCCGAACAAACAUUGUCAAUUUCUCGGCUACAAUAUCGAUGAAGCUUCAGGUCAGCUUGCUUUUAGAUAA